UACCUGACUCCAGCAUUGAAUGACUUCGAUUCGGAUCAGUAUGACAGUCUUGCUGCCAUUUCUGAUGGAGCAAACAAACUCUUGAUGUUGGUUUUGGCCGCUGUCAUCAAGGCAGGUGCUUCCAGAGAGCAUGAGAUUCUUGCAGAAAUUAGAGAUGCUGGUUUUACAUUUAUUCAUAAAAUGGAACCGAAGAGAGUUAUGGAUACCAUGCUCGUCUCACGUGUCGGGAUAUUGUAUAUUCGGUCUUUGCUUGCUAGAUCACCAGAGCUGCAGUCUAUCAAGGUUUUGCCUGUUGAUUGCUUCUUAGAAAAAGCAAAUUCUGGACGGAGUAGAAGCUCUAGCCGAGGUAACAGCCCUGGGAGAUCACCUGUACGGUGUGUUGACGAGCAGAUCCAGGGCUUCGGAGUCAACAUAAAGCCUGAGAAAAAGUAAGUUUUCUUCAGUAGUCUUAAAAGCA